GGUGUCAUGGCCGCUGCGGCGAGGCGCCCCGGGAGGCCGUCCGUGCUGCUGGGGCUCCGCGACGCGCCGAUGGCGGCCGCGAGCCGGGGCGGCGGGCAGGCCCCGGCCUGGGCCACCAACAAGCUGGGCGGCUGCGCGGACGCGGUGCCCUCCGUGCGCCUGGGCUGCCCCGGCUGCGGCGUCUGCGGGGCCGCGCUGCUGCACCUGGUGCAGGUGUACUGCCCGCUGGAGGCGUCCCCCUACCACCGCGUCGCCAACGUCUUCGCCUGCGCCGCGAAGCGCUGCUGGGGAAAGCCCCAGAGCUGGAAGGUGCUGCGCUCCCAGUACUUGCCGACGGACGAAAAGAAAGCACGAGGUGGCAGCGUGAAGCAGAAACAGCAAUCUAACUUUGCUGCAAAUGAUUGGUGUGAAGAAACAGAUGACUGGGGAGUCUGCAGUGAAGCAGAAAUUCCUGCGUGCACAUCCCUUCAGCUGCUUGGCUUAAAUGAAGUGAUGAUGGGCAACUCCUUGUCCAGAGAGGUGGAGUGUGCAUCCCAGUUCCAACAUCUUCGCUUGUCUGAAGCUACAGAUGUGUCAGGUCCCCUGAGUACAUGUGCUUCCAUCAGGGAAGGAACAGUAGCUGCUAGUUCAGCUGCUGUGUUCCAGCCCUAUUACAUUAGUGUUGUGGAUGAGGAGGACUACACUGGUUUCCUUGACACAGGUCAUGCAGAUAAGCUAUUAAAGGAGUAUCAGCAGAGAGAGGGUGUUGAUAUGGAACAGUUGAUGUCAGAAAGUUUUGCAGGUGAAGGUGACAAUGAAAAAUAUGAGAAGAGUGAAGUCAAAAGCAGGGAUCACACAUUCCAUAAAUUUAUGAAAAGAAUAUCUGUCUGCCAUGAACAGAUUCUAAGGUACUCCUGGGGGGGGCAGCCUUUAUUCAUAACAUGUCCUCCAGCCAACAUUAACAAAGGUAUUCCAGUCUGCAGUAACUGUGGAAGUAACAGAGUAUUUGAAUUUCAACUUAUGCCAGCACUGGUCAGCAUGCUCCAGAGUGAUACAGAUCUGUCAGUGGAAUUUGGAACUGUUAUAGUUUACACAUGUGAGAGGAGCUGUUGGCCAGCAAAUCAUCAAACCCCUCUUGAAGAAUUUAUUUUUGUACAAGAAGAUCCAGAUCAGAACUUAUUUAAAUAAAAUGUAUUUUUCUGCAUGUA